GUGUGUGUGUGUGUUGAUAUCAGGGUAAAGAAGAGUUUGAGAAGAACCAAAGACAACUGUUGGAAAAAGGAAACAUCAUCCGACACAACAAGACCCAACUGGAGCAACAACAGAUUAAACAGUUUGAGCGUCUGGAACAGGAAGUGAGUCGUCCCAUUAACAAUGACAUGACGGGCUGGGCACCGGCGCCGCACCAGCCUUCGGCCAAUCAGAACGGCUCCGGAGGCCCCUCCCCCUCCCAGCUGUGCCACGGCGACUGGCAGCUCCUCCUCUUCUACCAGGAACAGUGCGAGCAGAACGUCACCACCGUCACCAACGCCGUCGACGCCUUCUUCACCGCCGUCAACUCCAACCAGCCGCCAAAGAUCUUCGUGGCCCACAGUAAGUUCGUCAUCCUCAGCGCCCACAAGCUGGUGUUCAUCGGGGACACCCUGUCCCGCCAGGCUAAGUCCCCAGAGGUCCGGGCCCGGGUGGCCCAGAGCAGCAACGCCCUCUGCGAAAAACUCAAAGACAUCGUCAUCUGCACCAAGACGGCGGCGCUGCAGUACCCGUCCAGCGGCGCCGCCAGGGAGAUGACGGACAGGGUGAGGGAGCUGGCAGCGUGUACGCAGCAGUUCAGGAUGGUCCUGGGACAGCUGCUGCUCAUGUAGGGGGGGCACGGACAGGGGGGCCGUGACGGACAGGUCCCAGGAACACAGGGUGGAUGAGCCCUGGGGGGGGCACCUGGACCUGGACACCCACAUAAACAGACCUGGACCUGGACCUGGACCUGGACCUGGGUGUGUCUUUGCUCUUCCUGGGAGGGGGGACACUGUGGACCCCCCCCUCUUUGUCCCUUUCCAUUUCAGACAGACUGUUAUCUCCAGUGGGCGGGGCCAAUCGAUGUAAGAUAAUCAGUGUAAAUAUUUCAGUCCAUAUUUAGUCACAAACGCAGAAAG